AUUUAAUACAGUAUAAAUGUCUGACAAUAGUUCCAUAACUUGCGACAACUUGCCACACGCAGACCCGAAGCGUCCAUUUUUAAUAUAUUCCAGUUUAACCCUCCCUCUUAUUUGCGGAUUGGACAAAAUUUUGUAACCACACCCACUUAGAGAAAAUACCGCCAUCAGAUUGGUAGUUGCAGUUGGGAAAAGUCUUCGAAACGUUGUAACCAAACCUCUAGCGAAGAAAUUGAGCGAAAGGAUUGGUUGCUGGUGGCGCGAAAAUUAUCACGUGGUCUCAGGGUUUCGCGCGAAAAGUUAAGAGACCCGAGCGAAAAAAGGAGCUCCGCGUCCGGUGAAGUGUGUUAUUGUUUUAUUAUAAUAUUCUUUAUUUUUGACUCGCAAAACACAUGGAUCUCGCAGCAGCAGCAACAUCUGAUAAUCCAGGACAGAUUAUUAAAGAUGAGUUGGCGGAGAAGUGUCAGAAGUUAUUCCAGGAAUUUUUGGAGGAGUUCCACAACGACGACGGCGAGGUGAAGUAUUUGGCCGGAGCCGUGGAGCUCAUCCGGCCCGAGAGGAACACGCUGCUCGUGAGCUUCACCGACCUCGAGGGCUACAACCAGGAGCUGGCCACCACCGUGCAGGAGGAGUUCUACAGGGUGUACCCGUAUUUGUGCCGUGCCGUGCGCAACUUUGCCCACGAUCACGGAACCGUUCCUGUGAGCAAAGAGUUUUACUUGGCGAUCCAGGACGUGCCGUCAAGACACAGGAUCCGGGAGCUGACGACCCUGCGGAUCGGCACUCUGGUGCGCAUCAGCGGCCAGGUGGUGCGCACCCACCCGGUGCACCCCGAGCUGGUGAGUGGCACCUUCCUGUGCCUCGACUGCCAGUCAGUGGUCAAGGAUGUGGAGCAGCAGUUCAAGUACACGCAGCCGAACAUCUGCCGCAACCCCGUGUGCAAUAACCGGCGUCGCUUCCUGCUCGACACCAGCAAGUCCAAGUUUAUCGACUUCCAGAAGGUGCGCAUCCAGGAGACGCAGGCGGAGCUGCCCCGAGGAUCCAUCCCCCGCAGCGUGGAAGUCAUCCUGAGGGCCGAGGCGGUGGAAUCCGCCCAGGCGGGAGACAAAUGCGACUUUGUGGGGUCGCUGAUCGUCGUGCCCGACGUGGCACAGCUCUCCACCCCAGGCAUGCGCGCAGAGACCAGCUCCCGCAUGGCCGGCACCCAGGGCUACGAGAAUGAGGGGAUUCGUGGGCUCAAGGCCCUGGGAGUGCGAGACCUCUCCUACAAGCUGGCUUUCCUGGCCUGCCAUGUGGCCCCAACCAACCCCAGGUUCGGUGGGAAGGAGAUCCGUGACGAGGAGCAGACUGCUGAGAGCAUCAAGAACCAGAUGUCGGUGAAGGAGUGGGAGAAGGUGUUUGAGAUGAGUCAGGACAAGAACCUGUACCACAACCUGUGCAUGAGCCUCUUCCCGACAAUUCACGGUAAUGAUGAGGUCAAGAGGGGGAUCCUCCUCAUGUUGUUCGGUGGGGUCCCAAAGACCACCAUGGAGGGGACGUCACUCCGCGGGGACAUCAACGUGUGCAUCGUAGGAGACCCCAGCACUGCCAAGAGUCAGUUCCUCAAGCACGUCGAGGAGUUCAGUCCCCGCGCCGUCUACACGAGCGGGAAGGCGUCGAGCGCCGCCGGUCUCACCGCAGCAGUGGUCCGGGACGAGGAGUCCCAUGAGUUCGUGAUCGAAGCCGGUGCCCUCAUGUUGGCCGACAAUGGUGUCUGCUGCAUCGACGAGUUUGACAAGAUGGAGGUGAAGGACCAGGUGGCCAUUCAUGAAGCCAUGGAACAGCAGACCAUCUCCAUCACCAAAGCAGGGGUCAAGGCCACUCUUAACGCCCGCACCUCCAUCCUGGCUGCUGCCAACCCCAUCAGCGGUCGAUACGACCGUGCCAAGUCCCUGAAGCAGAACGUGAACCUGAGUGCACCCAUCAUGUCCAGAUUUGACCUCUUCUUCAUCCUGGUAGAUGAAUGCAAUGAGGUCACAGAUUAUGCCAUCGCCCGGCGUAUUGUCGACCUCCAUUCCAGGAUUCAGGAGUCCAUCGACAGACUGUACACUCUCGAAGAAAUCCGCAGAUACCUCCUCUUCGCGAGGCAGUUUAAGCCAAAGAUUUCAAAGGAGUCGGAGGACUUCAUCGUGGAGCAGUACAAGCGCCUGCGGCAGAGGGACAGCUCGGGCAUCAGCAAGUCAGCUUGGAGGAUCACGGUGCGCCAGCUGGAGAGCAUGAUCCGCCUGUCGGAGGCCAUGGCCAGGAUGCACUGCUGUGAUGAGGUCCAGCCGAAGCACGUGAAGGAAGCUUUUAGGUUGUUGAACAAGUCCAUCAUCCGCGUAGAAACCCCAGACAUCAAUCUGGAGCAGGAGGAUGAGCAGCAGCAGGAGGAUGAGGAGGAAGCUGGUGGUGUGAACGGUCACGAUGUGCCGAAUGGCAUGAAUGGACACGCCGACGGCAUGAACGGCGACGCAGAACCAGAGGAGCGCAGCGAGCUGUCCAGGCCUUCCCUCAGACUGUCCUUUGCCGAGUACCGCCGCAUCUCAAACUUGAUUGUCCUGCACCUGCGCAAAGCGGAGGGCGACGAUGAAGAAGAAGCUCUGAAGAAGAGUGAGGUGAUAAACUGGUACCUGAAGGAAAUUGAAUCGGAAAUAGAUUCCGAGGAGGAGCUCAUCGAGAAGAAGAUGAUCAUAGAAAAAGUUAUCCACAGGCUGGUGCACUAUGACCACAUCCUCAUCGAACUGUCCCAGGCUGGACUGAAGGACUCCUCCGAAGAGCCCCAGCCAGAGUUGCAAGCAGAAGAAGUCGUCCUGGUCGUGAACCCCAACUACACCCUGGAAGAUUAAUGGUCUCCACCGCUUACCAGAACGUUCCUCCUGCUGAACAAACAGCCAAGAAAAACUGUGUAAAGGUGUUUGAAACCACCUGAAGGUUUUAAUUUGGUUUUUUUCCAGUUGGGCUUUAGUUCACUUGGAUAUAGAGCAGUUUUAAGAGGAAAGUCAGAAAUUCUGUAAAUAUUGCUUUUCAUUUUUUCAGAGUGUUUUUAAUAUACUGGCCUAAAAGUACUUGUUCAAUUUUUAUUUUGCUGUUUUCUUUUUUUUUUCUGCAUCUUUAGUUUUGUCCUGCGUGUUGUUGUACCAUUCGUACGGUAUACAUAAACGAAUCAGGUUUGUGUAAUGUUUCGUGACAAAUGUUUGUAACAA